AAAUGAACAUAAAGCCUAUCUGGAGCUAUUGGCUAAAACUAAGUCGAAGUCCCAGCGGAGUGCGUUGAUUAGGACAAUCUACCCGGGACAAUUAAAGGCCUUAAUGGAACUGAUUUUGAAUGUUCUAGCUGGAAAUGUGAUCAUCUCCAGAAAGGAGAGAAUGGAUCUUUUAAAAUUUAGGGCCACGCUCGAAUUUAUGGCUGACACUGACAUUCCAAAUAAGCAGAAAAUACAGAGACUGUUGAAAAAAUCCAAAGGCAUCGUUGUAUUGCUUAACAUUGCUCUGAUGAAAGCGUUAGCUCUUUUAUAGGGGUUGUAAAAUAAAUGUAAUAAAAUAAGAAUAAACUUCUUUAUACAUUCGUGAUAA